CUGAGUAUACCUUAAAUACUUUUUGUCAUGUUUACUUUUCUAACCAGUUUAUUCUGUUAUCUGCUGAGGUUGAUGUUAAUCUUAAUGUUUUUUGUCAAGCUGCGUGUAUGCCAGUGAACAGCGUUAUGGAGGAGAGUGUGACAGCGCAUGGGAGAAACAGCAAUAAGGGACUGUGGAACUGUCCACGAUUCAAGUACAGCAAGGACACUCAGGAGUUAAUGCAAGUGAUGAUGCAAGAAUCACGGCUCACCAACUUUCAGCAGAGACAGAUCAACAAACAGCUGAAGAAAGGUGGUGUCUUACCGCUGAGCUGUAACCCCACGUCAUCUACGGCACCUGCAGAGCCACAGCUAAGAGUCAGUAAAGGCCCAGUUCUCUCAUCCAGACCACAGAGACGCAGCGCGGAGAAAUGCUGCGCCGGGGACAGCUAUACGCGUGAGAGAUUUCGGCCCAGCAUCACACGAGACCUGGAAAAAGAGAAGCGCAGGCUGCAGAACAUCCUCGCUACAGGCCACGAGGAGAUGCAGCCAUCGCCGUCCCACACAAGGCCUGCUAACAGAACGGAGGACACUGAGAAAGACAGGUUCCAGGAGGUUCUUGAUGAGAUUGAGGAGAGAAGGCAGUUUUUGGAUGAGAUGAAUGCUCUUGGAAGAGGACGCCAGUACCAUCACAUCAUUAACACGGAGAUAUCUCAGAAAAUCCGAGAGCUUGAGCUGAUUGACAGGACGCGUAGCGAGGCGAUAAGGAUGAAAGAGGAACGAAAGGUGAAAGGUGAAGAGCAGCAGUGAGGAAAGACAUUGUAUUCAUCCGUUAACAUAUCGACCGAUGCGACAAACAAACAUUGCAAUACUGCCUAUUUAAGAGUUGAAGACAGUACAAGAUUUCAUGUCAUGUAUGCUGUUUAUUGUAUUGCUUGAAUGAUGAACCAUUUAUUUCACUGAGGUAAAAUUCAGACAUUACGUUCA